UUAUUUUACUUGUAUAAUCUGGUUGAAUGACAUCGUGAAUUUGUAAAAAGCAAAAUAGAUAAUUACAAACAUUUUUUUUAAAAACUCCAGAAUUAAAUAGGAAAAUAGAUACUAAAAUGCAGUUGCAGUCUUUACCAUCGUUUAAGUAUACAUACAUAAAAAAAAAAAAAAGAAGUGAUUAAAUAUAUUGAUUUUCCCAGGUACAGUAGAAUAAUAUUGAAUUUUGAGAAAGAGAAAACACAUAUUUCCCACCAUGCAUGUCAACCAUCUUGAGUAAGAGUCAUAAAAGCCUUUAUUACCUUUUAUGACUGAGCAGGGACACAGACCAGGUCAGUUAGACGCUGCGGAAGGACACAUGUAGUGUAAAUAAUGUUUUGCAGAGACAAGGGUUUGGGAAUUGAGACACCGGAAUAAGUAAAAACGAUGUCUGUGCGGUGGAAGUGGCUGCUGUUGACUUCCUGGCUGUUUUCCGAGUCCUUAUGUGUGACAGGGAGCUUCGACUUUAUCUGUGCGGACGGUGUCAGAGUUCCAGCCGGCCGUGUUUGUGACUUCACGGAUGACUGUGGCGACGGCAGCGAUGAGCAAGACUGCUCUAGUUAUAAGAGAUGUGACUUUGAAGAUGGAUUCUGUGACCUGACAACUUCAGAGUCUUCGGCUCAAUGGACCAGAAUCACUGAAGUCCCAGGACUCAAUCGUGACCACGCUAACAAGCCAUCAGCAUAUUUCCUGUCCCUCUCUCCGCUCAGUGGGAAUCUGACCACCACAUCUCACUUGAGGAGUCCUUUCUUCUUGCCUUCCCAAGCCUGCCAGAUCAGCUUUUACCAUUAUGUUCUGGCAAAUCACGGAGAGAUCCAGGUCCAGAUUGAGAGCCAUCCACUGGACCAGGCCACUGUGGUGUGGAAGCAACUAGUCCAACAGCGAAAGUGGACUCGAAGUGUGUUAGAAUUUGCCACUGACAAAACAUUUCAGGUGGUGAUCCGUGGGGAAUUUAGGGCUGACAGUGAGGUUUCUGAGGUCCUGGCUAUCGACGACCUGUCCUUCAGUCCGGGCUGCCGGAGCCGUCCUGCCGCAGCCUGUCCACCAUGCUGGUUUGAGUGCAGUGGCGGGAUGUGUAUUGAGGAGAGCAAAGUGUGUGACUUCACUCAACAUUGUCCACACGGAGAGGAUGAAGCCAGCUGUCCCUCCACGUGUGACUUUGAGGGAAGUUCUUGUGGCUGGGAAGAGCGCUCUCCUGGCGAUGGCUUUGACUGGACGAGGGGCUCGUCUCUAGACGUCCCUCCUGAAUACUAUGGUCGCCCCCCACCUCUGGACCACACAGCAAACACCACGGACGGUCAGUUUAUGUUCAUUCUGAAGAGCAGCAACAGUCUUCAUCCUCGCGCUGCUCUUGAAGGACCGUGGUUCCAGCAGUCGGCCACGGGCUGCACCAUGAGCUUCUGGCAUUAUAAUUCAGGUGUGUCAGUGGGAGCUGCUGACAUGUAUCUCCGCCUCGAGGGAGAUCAAAAUAAGACUGUCAUAUGGAGAACUCUCUACGACCAGGGCCCCCGCUGGAACCACGUCACAGUUCAGUUGGGGCGCAUCACUCGCCCCUUCCAGAUCAUGGUUUCAAAAAUCAGCCUGGGUGUGUUUGAUGGUUUCUCUGCGCUGGAUGACCUCUCCUUCAAGAACUGUUCCCUCCCCCCCGCGGUUCCAACAUGUCCAUCACACACUCAUUUCCAUUGUGUGAGGAGCAAAGCCUGUGUGGAGCGACAGCUGCUGUGUGACCUCAUAGAUGACUGUGGCGAUGGAUCUGAUGAAGAGGGAUGUUCAUCAGAACUACAGUGUAACUUUGAACAGGGACUGUGCAACUGGAAGCAGGAAGAAAAAACAGAUGCUUUUGAUUGGACCCACGUCCAGGGCCCCACUCCAUCCUUCAACACCGGACCAUGGAAGGACCACACUGUGGGCACUCGGAUGGGUCACUAUCUCUACAUCGAGACGUCGGCCCCGCAGCAGUUCAAGGACACUGCCACGUUGCUCAGCAGAACAUUCCAGGCCACCAUGCAACCCGGCAAAGCGCGGCACCGCUGCAUGUUCCGCUUCCAUUACCACAUGUUUGGGACCCACGUGUUCUGCCUGGCAGUCUACAUGAGGACCACCGCCUCUGGUCGGGGUCACAUGCUGUGGGUGAGGUAUGGUAACCAGGGCAACCUGUGGCAUCGGAAGACCCUCUACCUCAGCAGUGCUCGACCCUUCCAGAUUCUGAUUGAAGGGACGGUCGGAGAUGAUUUUAAUGGAGACAUUGCCAUUGAUGACCUCUCUUUCCUGGACUGCAUCCCAUAUGAAGGUGAUCUUCCUUCUGCAAACAUCACCAUUCCGACAGUGACCCCUCCACCCUCCACUGUUCCGCCUCACAGUUGCCCUGAUGGAGAAUUCGCAUGUGCAUCUGAUCGGGAAUGUGUUCCUCAGAUCAGUGUGUGCGACUUCAGACGGGACUGCGCUGAUGGUUCUGAUGAAGUACAUUGUGUGAAAGAGCGCUGUGAUUUUGAAGAGGGUGCGACUUGUGGAUGGGAGACUAUCAGCCAAUCUUCUGCCUCUGCACACGCAUUUCGAUGGUCAUCUGACCAAGGAGAGAGCAUUCAUGAUGGAGAGUACCAUCGUCCAGUUAAUGACCACACCCUCGGCAGUCCUGAGGGUUGGUACAUGUGCGCGGACAGUUCAAACGGAGGCUAUGGCCACGCAGCUGAUCUGCAUACACCUGUCAUCUCCUCCACUGGUCCACACUGCAGCCUGGUCUUCUGGUACCACAUGAGCGGGUUCACAGUGGGCUCUCUGCAGGUGCUGCUCAAGUAUGAAAACAUCACUCAUGAGGUUUGGUCUCAGAGCGGUAACCAAGGCAACAGAUGGAGACGGGGAGAGGUGUUUCUGGGCUUAUUAAAGAGCUUUCAGGUGGUCUUCAGAGCUAAGCGAGGGAUCAGUUACAUGGGUGAUGUGGUGAUAGAUGACAUCAGCUUCCAGGACUGUUCUCCACCACUUCCUUCUGGUCUGCCCUGCACCCAUGAGCAAUACACCUGCGCCAAUGGCAACUGCAUUCCUCAGGACAACCUGUGUGACUUCAUCAACCACUGCGGAGACAACUCUGAUGAGAACCACUUCAUCUGCAAAAGCUUCAGUGGACGCUGCAAUUUUGAGUUUGACCUCUGUUCCUGGCGCCAGAGCCAGCAGGACGACUUUGACUGGCUGAUUAAAGCAGGCAGCACUCCGACGGUGGGAACAGGGCCGUCUACGGAUCACACCCUGAGGAACCCAUCAGGUCAUUACCUCUACCUGGAGAGCUCCUUCCCUCAGGCGGCGGGAAACGCCGCUCGGAUUGCAGGGCCCACGCUCAGUCGCCGGAGCUCAGAGUGCAAGAUGCGCUUCUUCUUCCACAUGUCUGGCGAUGGCAUCGGGACCCUCAGCGUGUUCAGAAAGAGUGAAGGUCAUCCUCAUCUCCUGCUCAACCUCACCGGUGACCAGGGCAACUACUGGCAGAUGAGAGAGAUCCCGCUCAGCUCUGUCACUGACUUUCAAGUGGUGUUUGAGGGCAAAGUGGGCCGGAGUGCAAAGGGGGACAUCUGCCUGGAUGACAUCACUUUUUCUCCUGGAUGCCUGCUUGUCUCCACUGCGUGGUCAGAAGACCCGACUCCCCCAAAUCCUGGAGGGGGUUGUCCGAUUGGCUCCUUGCCUUGUGGGAACGGCCGAUGUUUCUACAAGGAGCAAAAAUGUGACUUCAAAAAUGACUGUGAUGACGGCGCUGAUGAAAAGGAUUGUGGGACGUCGUGCUCUUUCGAGAACGGCCACUGUGGCUGGAGAAGUUCCCUGGCUGAUAAUUUCGAUUGGCUCCUCGGAACUGGAUCUGUCCAAAGUAUCCGGCCGCCGUAUGAUCACACGCAGAUGGAUGAAAACGGUCAUUUUCUGUACUUGGAAGCGACGCCUGUUGGCCUCAAGGGCGACAAAGCUCAUGUACGAAGCUCUGUGUGGAAGGAGUCAAGCGCCAUCUGCAAACUCUCCUUUUGGUACUACAUUUCCCAUAAGGCCUUGGGGACUAUUCGCCUGCUGGUCAAGACAGAGAAUGAGUUGUGGGAAGUAUGGAACAAAACCGGACACCAGGGGAAUCAAUGGAGGCAGGCUGAGGUCCCAUUGAGAAAUCUCCGGAACUUCCAGGUGAUCUUUGAGGGAGUUCGGUCAAUGGACGUCAGUGGUGGAGCUGCCCUGGAUGACCUGGAGUAUAAAGACUGUGCCCCAGAUGCUGUUACUCCUGUCAGCUGUCCAGCAGUGACUGACAUUGUUUGCGACAACACUCGCUGUAUCGAAUCUCAUCUGAUAUGUGACAACAAGAUGGACUGCCUUGAUGGGACCGACGAGAUGGACUGCAGCCACAUUGCCAGCAUACAUGGUGCCUGCAAUUUCAACUUGGAUGAAGUCCUCUGGGAGGAAAGCUGCUUGAUUUCCCAAGACAGGGAUGAUGACUUUGAUUGGAAGAUCAGUCACCUGAGCGAGAAGCCAGAAGCUGGACCACAAACUGACCACAGUCCAGAUGGAGAUGGGAAGUUCCUCUACAUCGACUCUGCUGUUCAGCGAGAGGGUGACGUCGCCAGGAUCACAACCAUUAGGCAGUUUCCUGCCAGUGUCGGCCAUUGUCAUCUGCGCUUCUGGUUCUACAUGCACGGUUCGGACCGGAUGGGAACGCUGAAGGUCUACACUGUUGGAACUAGUGGCACCAGUUUGUUAAUGUGGGCUGCUACUGGAAAUCAUGGGGCCCAGUGGGAAUACGCCAACGUCCUUCUGUCCAAUCCCACGCCUUUCAAAGUGAGCUUUCAGGCUGAGGUGGGAGGAGACAUGUGGACGAACAUCGCCCUGGACGACAUCUCAUACACACUGGAGUGUAUAUCAGGAGGACCUGUCACCCCUCAACCACCCACCUGCCGUGUGGACGACUUCCAGUGUGCACACCGGUUUGAGUGCCUACCACAGGCUUGGCGGUGUGACAGCGAGCCGGACUGUGCUGAUGGCUCCGAUGAAGAGGACUGUCCCACAGUGGCCCCUGGAACUCUCCCUCCUCAGGACCGCUGCCCCGCUGGUCACUUCCAGUGUCUCAACCAGACCUGUCUCCCCGCAAUCCUGCGUUGUGAUGGAGUCCCUGACUGUCCCAAUGGAGAGGACGAGUUCAGCUGUCCUCUUCUGAAGUGUGAGCCAGGUGAACUGGUGUGUGAAAGUUUGCCCAACUGUCUGCCUUUGGAGAAACGCUGUGAUCAAGAAGUCAACUGUCUGCCCUUCAGCUCAGAUGAAUCCAGCUGUGAAGACUGUCCUCCCUUGUAUUGCAUGAAUCAUGGAUCAUGCCGUGUGCACAGACAUGGACCCAUUUGCAUGUGCCAGUCAGGUUGGACUGGGAAUCGCUGCAGUGUUCCACAAAAACCUCCCCUCAGCACCUCCGCACCAGUACCAGAGGACACUCAGCUCGAUUCUGUGUACGCUGGCAUCGCCAUCGGACUGCUGCUUUGGACGGCUGGAACUGCCAUCUGUAUAUUGGCUCUGUGUAGGAAGAAAUGCCACAUGACAAAACCUGGCCCAAAGGACCCCAGGGUGAUGGAUAGCCCGACACUCAGCUGGGAGGCACAGCUUCCCUCUCUGGAUAAAAAGUUAAGCUACGUUGACACCAGGAGGAGUGAUGACCCGGGGCUCUCCAUCAGUGUCUACCCCUGGAGGAGGGAGAGCGAGCGAGUCUCGCCGUGGAAGGAUGCAGAGCUGUCAUUCUCCAACCCUUUGUACACAUCAGAGAACGAUGGAAGAACCUCUGAGGUUUAACAGUCUCACAUCACUGAAGCAAACUGUAUGUUAGUAAACCUGAGAGGCUGUUUUGACCCGACCAGCACUGGCUUGAGGGGAUAACAGCACGAUAAUUAUCAAAGAAGUGCUGUGAACUAGUACUAUAAAAACUCAAGUGAACUGACUAAAAUGAGUGUUGAAAACCUAUUUCUCCAGCCAGUGAUGAUUCACACACUGAACACUUUUUUUAGAGGUUGUGACUGCAGCUUUGCUGAUGUUUGUGUGAUUUAUGAUAAAUUAUAUUGUGUAUAAUUCUGUAUAAUGAAGUUAUGUUUAAAAAUUAUGAAAUAAAAAAAUAAAAAUUCACCUGGGCAAGGCAGUCAAGACCACACGUGCUUAUAAAUCCUACUGUUCCAACUCACCAGCAUAGAAGCUGGUGAGUCUCUCUUGUGCCCAGGUUUGUCUCUUUUUUCUUGUGAUUUAUUUUGUGAUACUCAAACUUCUGUGUGUUUUGACGACCUCAUGUUUUCUGUUCUGUUCCCAUCACCGUGUAUUCCU